AUGGCUGGGCUCAUGCGAACCACAUCACGAUCCGAUGCAGAAAACGGCCUAUUUGGGGCAUGUAUCAAUGAUCAAGGAACACUGCUAGAGUUUUUCACACAAUUUGAAAGUGUGAUAGAAAUGCACCGUCAUAACCAAGCAAGAUUAGAUGCAGAUUGUGAAGCUUCUCUCCCACCUACAAAGACACCACUACUGAUUGAGAAGCACGCAACCUCCAUAUACACAAUAACCAUGUUUUACGAAGUCCAGUCUGAGAUAUUCGAAGGGUGUUUUACAUGCAAAAUCACAAGCAAGGACCAAACAGAAGACAAGUAUGUGUAUACAAUCAAGGAAGGGCACACAAAGAAUUUCAAUGUGAAAUACGUAAGAGAAAAUAUGGAAGUGGAGUGUUCAUGUGGCAAGUUCAACAGGGUGGGGAUUUUAUGUAGGCACGCUUUUGUAGUGCUAAAGGACAAUGACGCAGAGAUGAUGCCACCAAAGUACAUACUAUCCAGGUGGACCAAAAAUGCUUGUGUACACAAAACAAGCACGAUAGGAAAGGGACAAAGUGCAACAUGCAGUAGAGAAGGAGAGGAUAGCAAAGUAACAUCAAAACUGUAUAAAAAGUUCUACAACUGCUUGGCACUAUCCAAGGGGAACACAACAGAAAUGCAAGAAAUGUUGAACUUUAUGUUGGAACACAAAGAUAAAAUGUUGAAGAGCAAAGGCAAGACAGAGGACAAAAGCAAAAAUAGUGAGUUACUAGAAACAUUUUAUAGCGCACAAACAAGCUCUACCAUAACAAUCAAGCCACCGCAAAUGUCAAAGAACAAAGGAAGUGAAAAGCGAUUAAAGAGUGCAUGUGAAAAAGCAGUAGAUUAG